AUGAAUAGACGUCCCGGUCAACGACUUCCGGCAAAUCCACAAAGAGCUGCUGCUUUAAAUCAACAUGGAGCAAGACAAAUUCCUGAUGAUCGACUAGGACGUAUUCGCGGUGGAGCAAAUAAUCUUGGAACAGCAGGAGCAAAUGUAGAACCAUGGUCAGUAACAGAAUGGACUGAAUAUUAUAUUCCUACAGUUGGUGGUGGUCAACAACGUCCUGUUAUCUAUGUCGCUGCUUGUUUAGAUCCAGCUGCUAUGCAAGCUAUGGGAGGAGGUAUGGGUGGAGGUAUGGGUAUGGGUAUGGGUGGAGGUUAUCCAGGUGCCAUGGGAAGUUACGGAGGUAAUAUGCGCACUGGUAUGGGUAGUUACGGAGGUGCUAUGCGUGCUCCUGGUGUUGGAGGUGGUCUUCGUGGUGGUCUUGGUGGAGGCAGAUUUCGCUAA